AUCAGUUUGAGCAACAAUCUGCUUUAAAUCCAGAGACAGUUGCGCAGACGGUCUUCUUUCACCACCACACGGCUGGAAAAACAGUCAGUCUGCACUUUGCACCCUGUCUUCGGCUUUCGUUGAAAAGGUUCCCUUCCAGACCAGAAUGGCUCAACAACCGCUCCUGUCGCUGCCCGAGUUUCAGAACUUGUCGGUGGGCACUUUGGUGAUAAAGGAGCCGCUGAAUUUCUGGGGAGGAGCGAGAGUGAAGCCUAAGCAAACAAAGAACCCCGAGCCAGUAUACGAACCUGCAACUGGCCGUGUGUUGUGUGAUUUGAUUCCCUGUGUAGAGGAGGAGGUAGACCAGGCCAUUAAAAAUGCUCAUUCUGCAUACCUACAAUGGCGCAAACGGUCUGGGAUGGAAAGAGCCCGGAUCAUGCUUGAGGCUGCCAGGAUUAUUAGAGAACGGAGAGGUGAAAUUGCAAAAGUGGAAGUGAUCAACAAUGGCAAAUCUAUCACUGAGGCUGAGUUGGAUAUUGACACUGCUUGGCAGUGUAUUGAGUACUAUGCUGGCAUUGCCCCCACAUUGUCAGGCCAGCACAUACAGCUUCCAGGAGGAUCUUUUGCUUAUACCCGAAGAGAGCCGUUGGGUGUUUGUGUCGGCAUAGGAGCCUGGAAUUAUCCAUUCCAGAUAGCUGCCUGGAAGUCAGCCCCAGCAUUGGCCUGUGGCAAUGCCAUGGUGUUCAAACCUUCUCCCAUGACCCCAGUGACAGCAGUCAUUUUGGCAGAGAUCUAUAAAGAGGCUGGUGUCCCUGAUGGACUCUUUAAUGUGGUACAAGGAGGAGCUGAGACUGGAUCACUGUUGUGUCACCAUCCAACAGUGGCUAAAGUGUCUUUCACUGGUAGUGUGCCCACAGGAAAGAAGGUUAUGGAAAUGGCAUCCAAGGGUGUAAAGCCGGUGACUCUAGAGCUUGGAGGGAAGUCACCUCUUAUUAUCUUUAAAGACUGUGAACUGGAGAAUGCAGUCAAAGGUGCCCUCAUGGCCAACUUUCUCACACAAGGAGAGGUGUGCUGCAAUGGCACACGAGUGUUUGUGCAAAGGGAGAUUAUGUCCCAGUUUUUGGAAGAAGUGGUGAAAAGGACCAAGGCUAUUGUUGUCGGUGAUCCCUUGCAAGGCGAGACACGCAUGGGUGCUCUUAUUAGCAAACCUCACAUGGAAAAAGUGUUGGGUUUCAUAAGCCAAGCUAAAGAACAGGGUGCAAAGGUGUUGUGUGGUGGUGAGCGAUUUGUUCCCAGUGAUCCCAAACUAAAAGACGGAUACUUUGUGUCCCCAUGUGUGCUGGACAACUGCAGGGAUGACAUGACUUGUGUGAAGGAGGAGAUCUUUGGCCCUGUGAUGUCCGUUUUGCCUUUUGACACAGAGGAAGACGUCCUUCAAAGGGCUAACAACACAACCUUUGGGUUGGCAUCUGGAGUCUUCACCAGGGAUAUAGCUCGUGCCCACAGGGUGGCUGCGAACCUUGAAGCAGGAACGUGCUACAUUAACAACUACAAUGUCGGUCCUGUGGAACUUCCUUUUGGAGGCUACAAGAUGUCGGGUUUUGGAAGGGAGAACGGGCAAGUGACUAUUGAAUACUUUUCUCAGCUGAAGACUGUUGUGGUGGAAAUGGGAAAUGUGGAAAGCCUCUUUUAAACCAUUAAAGGUGCAGUUUUUUCCUGUGUUUUCGCAGCUUUGAUUGUGUGUAUGGUGCACAAUAUAACGUGUUCAUGUUUCCUGUGUGAAAUAAGGCAGUAUUUUUCACAUAAUUUACCUCUGUCUUCCACUGUUUUCACUGUCCUAAAAUCGGGAUGUCUUCCUUGAAGUCCUUCUAUAAAGUCCCUCUUUCAGAAAUACGUAACGAGUUCUAAUUGUGUACCUAGUACAGUGUGUUGUGAUUCGAAUGUGAUUAGCACACGUUGUCCGAAUGGUCAUGGCAGUUCGAGGAAGCUGUCCUCGGCAAAGGCCAAACUAAAGCAAUAAGCCCCAAGAAGCAGUGGGUUACAGGGCAUGAGUGCCUAAAACCCCAUUAGCUGUUAUAAAAUGCCCUGUAACACCACUGCUUCGAAGAGCUUAUUGCUUUUAUAAAACGGUUACAUCAUAUUCAUAAAAUAAUUUUUUUUUAGUACAAAUAUUACUCUUCCGCCAAACAAAGUAGUUCCUCAAAAUCGAGUGUUGCUGCAACAGAGCGGUUCCCAAGCAACACAGAUACAGCAAAGACACAAUGAAAAUAUGAUUGAAGACCAUGGUGUUUUUUAAUAUAUUAACAUUCAUCUAAUAUAUUAAUUAACAUUUAUAUCAUGCAACUGAAGAGUGGAUAAAAUAUGUUUGGAACUCUUUCCCCACCAGCAUUUUUAAAGGGGCAGUAAGUAGAGUUUUAAGUGUUUUAUUAAUCAAAACCAAUGUCUUUAUUCAUAAAUAUGUCCUUGUUGGUGUCAAAAGACUUCUGCUAGUGAUCUGACUUUUCUUUGUAAGCGUAGAAUUUCUCCUCUUUACCUACAUUGAACAGGUAAGUCCAAGGAGGCUUCCAUGUCGUUUCGUCGUAUUGAUAAACUUUGAUAGCAGAGAGGGACAAAAAGCAAUAGCCUAAGGCUGCAGUCACACCAAAAGCGUUUAUGGCAGUUUCAGGCACCUUUUUUGAAUGAUAUUCUAUGGGCAGGGCGCGUUUGCGCGCUGUUUAUGCGCGCCGAGCGCCUUGCGGUUUUUUGCCGCCUCCCGCGCACGCGUUUUUGAAGGAGCGCUCAGAGCGGAAAAGUGCAUUACGUCAUUCGCGUCUUCCAUUGUCCAAUCGAAUCAGGGGAGAGGCGGGCCUUACGUUGUGGUGAGGGAAGUUUACAGUUGCUUUGAAGAACCGGACUCCACUCGCUCACUCUCUCCUGCGUGUUUGUGCACCUCUCACCCUCAAACAAGGUCAGAGCAAGCGCCCUCUUUUUAAAGUUUCUGCUAAUAUGACAGUUAACAGCAAAAAAGCGCUCACACUUCAAUAUUUGAUUGGCAAGACAGCUGACUCGGUGGUUGCUUAGCAAUAUGAAAAGCCGCGUCUCACUGCUGUUUUUUAAAAAAGGCAGUGCGUCGCGCCUUGCGUUUGCAAGCGUUUAAAGCGCUUUUGGUGUGACUGGCCCCUAACAACGCGUUUCCACAAUGCAUUUUCACUCAGAACACGUGAGCAGCUGAAACGGAUAAAGCGGAUCAGUGAUAACAUAAUGGCUAUCGUAGUUGCAACACGCAUUUGGAAAGACGAGGCGCUAGAGAGCGUUUGAAUUCAAUUUCACCACUAGAUGGGGGUAAAUCCUACUUACAGUCCCUUUAAAAAAAGUUGCCAGCCAGCUUCAGCAUUUUUAUGAUUUUCACAAUAGAUUAAUUUUCUUUUUUAAAUAUAUUAACAUACAAAAUAUCAAAUGAAAGAACAGUCCAUUCACUUUUAAACAAACAAAAAAAAAACAUUUCAUCUUAUCUUCAUUUGCUUUCUUUUAUCACCUCUCAAAUUUAAGUUGUGUAAGAGCGCCACCUAGUGGAUAAUAGCGGUGCACACAGCAACAUUAACUUUCGGCCCACGGCCCUCAGUCAGGUUUGAUUUUUGGCCCUUGGCAGGAAAAAUUUGGGCACCCCUGGUUUAGAUCAAAAGCUAUUUCCGUUAAGUUUGUGACAAUAUCCUUACAUUUGGAAUCGGAUUAUAUAAUAUAUCAUGAAAGGGUUUCAAACAAAAUACAUAUUUAAUUUUUGCUGCCAAAUGUUGGAACUGCUAUUGUUCCUACACACAGUCCUUGUUGCAAUGUUUGUGUUUGGUGUUUUGUUGCCAUUCCCAACACAUGGAAACACUGACAGUGUUAACUGUUAAACAUGUGUAUUUACCUCAGUACUAUGUAAUAUAAGCAUUUGACAAACAGUGUCACAUAGUAUUUUAAACCAGAUUAAUUCAGGCUAAAAGAAAAAACAA